UACAGAGCUCUGACCGGCUGUGGUGCAGGGACCAAAGAGGAGGGGGUACUUGUUUUCCUGUUCAUCCCGGGAAGUAUCCAGAGCCGGUGGGCGGUGCAGACCCCUGAAGAUACAGAUAGCCUGUGGAUGCUGACCAGAGGAUGCGAUAGGUGCAGACACUACAGAGUGUGAAUAUAUUUUGUAUUUCUGCAGGGAGACGAGCUGCUACAGUGCGUUAGAAAAGGUGGGAGAAAACCUGAACAGAUCUUCUUUGUCUGCAAACAUAGACAACAAUAGUCUGUUUUAUUUUCCAGGAAACAAAGAGGAUUGGCUCUCCACUUUUUUUGUGAGGUGCGGAGGAGUUGCCUCUUUAAGACCCUUCGAUUAUGUCAACGCUUUAAGUCGUUUUCUGGUCGGUGUGGAUAAAAGAGACAAAGAAGCAUCUGUUUACUAUGAGCAGGCUUACUGUGACCGGCCCGAGAUCUGCUGAUCAGUGUUUACAGAUUACUGCCAGGGAUGACAUCGACCAGAGAGAGGUGAUGCAAAUUGGUGAAAGCUGUCACUUUUGAUUUACAUCUGAUAUCAGGCCUUGGUUGGCGCAUCUCUCCGAAGCAUCAGAUCUCUCAGAGGCCUUUGUAAAACAUUUCAUACACGGAAACGGACGUGGUUCUGCUGGUAGAUGCUCUUGUCUCUGACGCUCUUCCUGUGGAGGCUCUAUCGACAUUUCUCCAUCAUGUUCAGCUCAGAAAGACUUACAGUCCCGGAAUAUGUCAGCCGGCUGCAGAGAGGGAGGAGCGGCUCCGGACCCGAGCCUAAAGCAGUGUCUCCGGGCGUCAGAGCCGAUGUCCAGCUGGUUCUGGAUGGCGCCCUCCCCGCCCUGCGCUGCGCCAUCAAGAGGCUCAAGUCCUCGCACGAGACCUCGGAUUCAGAUGAGACACGGAAGGCCAUCGCGGAGCUCUUCCAGCUGGUGGAGGAGGCCUGGGUUUUGCCCACUGUAGGGCGUCAGGUGGCCGAGGACAUCUGCAACAGGAUCCGACUGGAUGGAGGCCUGGAGCUGCUGCUGCAGCUUCAGCAGAAUCCUGCUCUGGAGAUCACCUAUGAGUCUGCAAAACUGCUGGAGCAGAUACUGACCUCAGAGAACAGGGAUUAUGUAGCCCGUAUGGGUCUGGGGGUCGUCCUCAACCUCACUCGACAUCAGGAAGAUGCACAGCUGGCUCGCAGCGUCUCGGGGAUCCUGGAGCACAUGUUCAAACACACUGAGGAGACGUCUGUCCACCUUAUCUCUAACGGGGCCCUGGAUGCCCUCCUCUUCUGGUGCCGCGGCACAGACCCCACAGUGCUGCGCCACUGUGCCGUGGCACUAGCAAACUGUGCCAUGUACGGAGGCCACCGCUGCCAGAGAUGGAUGAUUGAGAAGCAGGCAGCUGAGUGGCUUUUCCCUCUGGCUUUUUCCAAAGAGGAUGAAAUCAUUCGCUUCCAUGCAUGUCUGGCUGUGACUGUGUUAGCUGCAAACCGAGAAAUUGAGAAAGAGGUGGUGAAAUCUGGAACCCUGGAGCUGGUGGAGCCAUUUAUUGCAUCUUUAGAUCCGGACGACUUUGCCCGCAGUUUGUUGGACAGUUCAGACAACAUGCAGGGCAGGACAGCAGCUGACCUGCAGCAUUUUCUGCCAUUACUGGAUGGCACAAGACUGGAAGGAAAGUGCAUUGCAGCCUUUUACCUUUGUGUGGAGGCCAGCAUCAAGUCUCGUCAGGGCAAUACUAAGAUAUUUCAAGAGAUUGGAGCAGUGCAGAGCCUAAAAAAAAUGGUGAUGUACUCCAGUAACGGUACAGCCUGUGGCCUCGCCAAGCGGGCACUGAGCGUGAUGGGAGAGGAAGUGCCAAGACGCAUCCUGUCAUGUGUGCCCAACUGGAAAACCUGCGAAGUGCGGACCUGGCUGCAGCAGGUCGGCUUCAGUGCCUACUGUGACCGAUUCCAGGAGCUCCAAGUAGAUGGAGACCUCCUGCUGAACAUCACAGACCAGGAGCUGUGCCAUGAUCUGGGCAUAACUGCAGGCCUCAGUCGCAAAAGGUUUCUGAGAGACCUGUGUGUGUUGAAGACGUAUGCCAAUUACUCCACAUGUGACCCAAACAACAUGGCUGACUGGUUAGUGGAGGUUGACCCUCGUUUCCGGCAGUACACCUACGGACUGGUCCAGUCAGGAGUGGAUCGCAAUAACUUCAAGAGCCUGACGGAUCAGCAGCUCCAGAACGACUGCCACAUAGACAACGGCGUCCACAGAGCCAAGAUUCUCUCAGCUAACAACAAGCCCUUAAAACCGUGCCAAACUGAUGCUCAGCCUGCAGGGCCCGACGUCUUCAUCAGCUACCGUCGGACUACUGGCUCCCAGCUGGCAAGCCUUCUGAAGGUGCACCUGCAGGUCCGAGGAUACAGCGUCUUUAUAGAUGUGGAGAAGCUGGAGGCCGGAAAAUUUGAGGACAAACUGAUCCAGAGCGUACAGCGGGCGCGUAACUUCAUUCUGGUCCUGUCCUCCAAUGCACUCGACAAGUGCAUGGGUGACACUGCCAUGAAGGAUUGGGUGCACAAGGAGAUAGUCACCGCCUUGGCUGGGAAGAAGAACAUAGUUCCUGUCACGGAUAAUUUCAUGUGGCCUGACCCCAUAUCUCUGCCCGAGGACAUGAGGUCAAUUCUCAAUUUCAACGGCAUCAAAUGGUCCCACGAAUAUCAGGAGGCCACGAUCGAGAAGAUCCUACGAUUUCUGAAAGAACAGCAAGACCAAAUCGACUGCAAGGAUGCACCCGAAGGGCAGAAAAAGAAAUAAGCUGACAUUUGAAGUUUGAUUUCAGCUAUAAUGACUUUAAAUUAUGCCAAAUUCAACAUUGCCUACGGUGAAAAGGCCGGCAGCUUUCCCCUGCUCCAAAUGCAUGUGAAGUGAAUCUGAUUAUGUUUAUGCUCACACAAAACCCUGAUAUAAAUUGACAUAGUAUAAUGCAAACAAUAAAUGAAAAUCAAAAGGGGAUUUCAGAUUGUAUAUAAUAAACUGUAAGCCUUUAAUGAUAUACCCUCGUUCUGCUGUAUAUGUGUGAUCAGGUACAGUAUAUGCCUUCUGUCUCUCAGGAAAAUAACUGUGAUAGAUCAGCCGCUGUUGGCACCCCAGCAAAAUCAUCACUAGCAAUCUUUGAAGCAGUUACUAAUCACAUGCAAUCACUUUUUGUUUAACUCAUACAUUGGACAUUCAUAUGACCAAAGCAGGUCUCUGACUUUACUGACAUUUGUGCUUUUAUGUUUGAGUUGUCAUAGUUAAGAAACUUUAUAGGAGAUGUGGUCAAUUGAUGAGAGUUUCUAUGGUGGGCUCAAUAUAAACCAGAGGCAUGAAGUAUUGUAUAAAAAGCUACAUGUUGUAUAACUGCUUCCCUAUUCUAACCAAAUACAGGUUCAAGCAGUGUCCAGGCAACAAGAAAACCCAUAUCAGAAAACCCCAGUAUUUAAGGAUAUUUUCCUACUCUGUAGUCAAUCAUGAGCUCACAGAAGUCAAAUAUGCACCGUUUACUUCUUGAAUGUGAAAAAGAUCCCAUCUGUGUUACAGCGUGGCUUGUAGAGUGCUGAUACAACAUUAAUCAUGUAGUACUGCUGACUUGAAGUUUAAUUGAUCACAGUGUUAAGUCUGAGAAGUAAUAUGUGUCUGCUAUGCCAUUUUUAUGUUAUCCUUGUUUCCUCAGUGUAAUAAACAGAAUCAAAUUAAAUGAAAAAAAACAUAUGUUUGAAUGAAAA